ACGCACACACUCUAUAUAAAUUAAAUCUCAAUUUUUUUUCAUAAUCUUUGAUUAAAAAAGAUUAGAUUUUGGCAAUAGAGGAGACACAGAGCGUAGAGGAAUCCAUGGCUACGGACCACUCUGAUGAUUUAGACCAACUUCUUGACAGUGCUUUGGAUGAUUUUCAGAGCCUCAAUCUCACUUCUGCUUCUCAAAGAAAUGGGGAUGGAGAGGGAAAGAAAGAGAGUUCUUGUAUGCCUAGUGAGGUUCAAGGGCUUGGGAUGUCGUUGCCUGAUUUGAAAGCUAAGAAGAAGGGGAAGCAAAAGGCUGCCAAGGAGACAAAGGACUCGCAUGUCUCGGAAGCUCUUGAUAAGCUUAGAGAGCAGACUAGAGAAGCUGUUAAAGGAUUGGAAUCAGUGGCAGGGCCGAGACCCGGUGUGGAGAACUUUGGAAGUGAUCCAAUGAUGGAGGAUUGGGUCAAACAGUUUGAGGAGCUGGCUGGUUCUCAGGACAUGGAGUCUAUUGUAGAGACCAUGAUGCAGCAGCUUCUUUCAAAGGAAAUUCUUCAUGAACCUAUGAGAGAAAUUGGAGAAAGAUAUCCAAAAUGGUUGGAAGACAAUAAAGCCAUGUUAAGCAGUGAAGAAUAUGAACGUUACGGGCACCAGUAUGAACAUAUCAGAGAUCUAAACGAAGUCUAUGAAACUGAGCCAAGCAACUUUAACAAAAUUGUUGAGCUUAUGCAGAAAAUGCAAGAAUGUGGCCAACCACCAAACGAUAUAGUGCAGGAGCUUGCUCCGGACUUUGAUAUAUCAACUCUUGGACAACUAUCACCGGAGAUGCUUGAGUCCCAACAGAACUGCUGUAUUAUGUGAAGAUACACUGGGGACUAUCCUGAUGUCCACCUUGCUCCUUAAGUUGGUUCUUUUACCAUUGUAAACAAUAUACAUAGAACACAGGUUAUUUUUUGUAUGGAAUUUGAUUGUGGUUCUCAUCUUUCUAAUAAGCAUUGACGUGCAUUCUUUUCUUU